AGAGUGGGAAUUAAAGCAAUUAGAGAUACGAACAGAAACCAACACUUUCCACCACCGGCCACAGCAAGCGACCUUCCACCUGAACGCUCUCUCUCUCUCUCAAUCCUUCUUCUCCUUCUCCCCUUUCGAAUUCUAGGGUUAGGGCUAGGGUUAGAAUUAGGGUUCGGCUUCGGAGAUGGCGACAAUGGAGAGCUUGAUCGGUCUCGUGAACCGGAUCCAGAGGGCCUGCACGGUCCUCGGCGACCACGGCGGCGCCGACGGCGCCCUCCCUACGCUCUGGGAGGCGCUCCCUUCCGUCGCCGUCGUCGGAGGACAGAGCUCUGGGAAAUCGUCGGUCUUGGAGAGCAUUGUCGGGCGCGAUUUCCUUCCACGUGGAUCUGGGAUUGUGACGAGGCGGCCUCUGGUGCUCCAGCUACAUAAGACGGAGGAAGGGAAGGCGGAGUAUGCGGAGUUCCUUCACUUGCCGAAAAGGAGGUUCACUGAUUUCUCUCUUGUGCGCAAGGAAAUUCAAGAUGAAACUGAUAGACUUACAGGCAAAACGAAACAAAUUUCUCCUAUUCCCAUUCAUCUCAGCAUUUAUUCACCAAAUGUUGUGAACCUUACACUGAUUGAUCUACCUGGUCUGACAAAGGUUGCUGUAGAGGGGCAACCUGAAAGCAUUGUUCAAGAGAUUGAAAAUAUGGUUCGCUUAUAUGUUGAGAAGCCCAAUUGCAUUAUACUGGCAAUAUCUCCUGCCAAUCAAGACAUUGCAACAUCUGACGCCAUUAAACUUGCCCGGGAAGUAGAUCCGACAGGUGAAAGAACUUUUGGAGUGUUGACAAAGCUUGAUCUGAUGGAUAAGGGGACAAAUGCACUUGAUGUUCUUGAAGGAAGAUCCUAUAGGCUGCAGCACCCUUGGGUUGGUAUUGUUAACCGUUCGCAAGCAGAUAUUAAUAAGAACGUCAACAUGAUAGUCGCCAGGCGAAGGGAAAAGGAGUACUUUGCAACUAGUCCUGACUACUCACACUUGGCCAGUAAAAUGGGUUCAGAGUAUCUUGCUAAACUUCUUUCAAAGCAUCUGGAGUCUGCAAUCAGGGCACGUAUUCCAAGUAUCACAUCCUUGAUAAAUAAAAGCAUUGAUGAACUAGAAUCAGAGAUGGACCAUCUUGGUAGACCCAUUGCCGUUGAUGCAGGGGCUCAAUUGUACACCAUAUUGGAACUUUGUCGUGCAUUUGACAAAAUAUUCAAAGAGCAUCUAGAUGGAGGGCGACCAGGUGGUGAUAGAAUAUAUGGAGUUUUUGACAAUCAACUCCCUGUUGCCCUUAAGAAACUUCCAUUUGACCGGUAUCUUUCUAUUCAAAAUGUGAAGAAAGUGGUCUCAGAAGCAGAUGGUUAUCAGCCACAUCUAAUUGCUCCUGAGCAAGGUUACCGUCGCCUAAUUGAGAGUGCACUCAGUUAUUUUCGUGGCCCAGCAGAAGCAUCAGUGGAUGCUGUGCACUAUGUGUUGAAGGAGUUGGUAAGGAAGUCAAUAGGAGAGACCCAGGAGUUGAAAAGGUUUCCCACUCUCCAAAGUGAACUAGCAGCUGCGUCUUAUGAAGCCUUGGAAAGAUUCCGUGAAGAUAGCCAUAAAACAGUGUUGCGGUUGGUUGACAUGGAGUCGUCAUAUUUAACAGUAGAUUUCUUCCGGAAGCUCCCACAGGAAGUGGAGAAGGGAGGGAAUCCUACGGGACCCACUGUUGAUCGAUACACUGAUGGACAUUUCAGGAGGAUAGCAUCAAAUGUUUCCUCCUACAUAGGGAUGGUGUCAGAAAUGCUCAAGAACUCCAUUCCAAAGGCAGCGGUCUAUUGUCAAGUUCGAGAAGCUAAGCGAUCUUUGCUCAAUCAUUUCUAUACAGUAGUGGGGAAAAAAGAGGGCAAGCAGCUUGCACAGCUAUUGGAUGAGGAUCCAGCAUUGAUGGAGCGCCGGCUGCAAUGUGCUAAGAGGCUUGAAUUGUAUAAGUCUGCAAGGGAUGAAAUUGAGGCAGUAUCGUGGGCCAGAUGAGGAUGAGUCAAUGGUGUAACAUUUGCCUUAUAUUGUAUAAUUGGGGUAGUGCAAGUGGAGAUUUUAUUCAAAACCUUUCUUUGUCUAUUACUGGUUUUGUUACAUACAUGCUGUGCAAUUUCAUAUAUCAUUUCUUUGCCAAUCAGUGUUAUAUUGCCCAUCCUACAUUUUCCUUAUGUGACAGAAAGCUUGUAUAUUAUAUGACAAAACAUUCUAUUUUGAUUCCUG